AGCAAAGGAACAUCUUAAGUGGAGAGAGAUUCUUGUUUAAUAAAGCAUUGGGAGCUUAUAAGAAUGGCAUAAAACUGAUCAAUUAGUUUGUAAAUACAGUAAAAAUACUUGUGUUUAAGGUCAUUUUGAAUAAAACAAUCCUAAUUUUCUUUAUCUGCCUUGGACUGCUUGACAGAUGCAGAAGUGAAAGCUGCAAUUCUUCUAAAAGUUUGAUGUCUCUUGGUUUAAUUCAUUUUAAAUUAGAAGUUUAGUUCUGUUCCUCUUGCAGAGCAUUUUAUUAAAGUGGAACAAGUUAACAGCCUUAAGUGGACAGAUCUCUGAACUGUUCCUAGAAUUUAUCUUACCUGAUAGGACACAAAGGUCUUCUCACACAGGUCAGUACUCCAUUGGGAGGUCUUUUUCUCUCUGCAGUGAGAUAUAAGGUACCUGGGCAAGACUGGGGAAACUGCUGAUAAGCUUAAGCAGCCUUGGGCAUGAUGGCUUCCUCAUAAAGAAGGCUGUUCUGUAACAUGACUUUUUUUAAAUGAAAAAUUUACGUGCUUGUUUUCAUGGGGUAGUUUGCAUUGUUCUAACAUUGCAAUAGGUUCUCUUGGAGUCUGGUUAAAAAUACAGAAGCAUUUCAAAUACAUAUCUUCAGCGCAGAAAGUGGGAAACAUGAGAGACUUGGUGUUCUGAGAAUCCUAGUAGCAUAACUGAAACCCGCAGUAGGAGCUGAAGUUCUUAGGUGCCUGUGAAAACAAGGAUUUACUGUACUUUUAAGGCUUUUUUUGUGGGGGAAAUAUGUAAAUAUUACAUAAGAGCAUCUAAAUUGUACUGAAAAAUACCGUUGUUUUAUUUUACACUUUGCAUGGGCUUUUUAAACUAAGUACAAUGUACUAAUAAAUCACAUUAAGUUGAAGGCAACCUGUUUUUCUGAGACUGCAAAUAGUCCCUCUUCACCAAUGGAUCUGUGCUAGUGUUCUUUUAAUGCAUAUUUCUGAGACACAACAUUCCUUCGGUGCAGCUUGUAACAGCAUUGUAAAAAUACACAUUAGUCUUGGAGAUAAACUUGAUACUUGGUUUCUCUGAGUGUCCAGGCUUACUACUCCUCUGCUCUGUAGUUCGAGAGGCAGGAUGAAACCUGUCAGUCACCAGGCAGGGGAUUUGGGGUCUUCAACCUACUGAAAUAUUCUUCAGAAUUGGAAGUAAACUUCAAUGUUGGAAAACUAGAAUACAUUGAAUAUCUCCUAACUAAACAUUACGGAAACAUAAUUUAUUACUGAAACUAAAUUUAAAUAUCCUGCUGUUGGGCUGGAUCACAGUGGCAAACCUGAAUAUCCAGAUAAAUCAGGUAUCAAAUGUAUCUUCUGAUGCAGGCCCACCAGUCGUCCUCCUGGGGUUUAACAGCAUGCAUCCCAUGGCAUGGACUGAGCUUAACUAAGUUCUCCUUUUCUUUUUACAAAAGGAGAGACCAUCAGUUUGUUCUGCUCGGUGAUUACUGACUUAUCACAGGCCACGGUGUCCUAUUCAAGGCCACAUUUGCCAGGUCCUGGACAUCAGGCUUUUUGUGUCUUGCUGGUGUUUUAGUGUGCUGGAGAUAACAUGCCUUUCAUUUGUUAGCUAACUGUAGGUAGUGGUGGUGCACCAGGGUAGUUUUAUGAAGAAUAUUUGUGUAUAUGUUCAGCUAAUGUAGAAUUAAGUAUAAUUUUGGAGGUACCCAAAAGCAUUCAGUUGGUCUCAGCUUUUGAGCUUUAAAUUCUGAAUAUAAAGUACUAAGGUUUGUAUUUAAUUCUUAGAAAUUUCCUUUGUGUCCUUGGACACCAGAUCACUUUUCACUCUUAAGACAGCUAAAUUUGCAGUGAUUUGUAGUAAUCAACCUCUUAUCAGCUGGUGGCUAAAUCCCACACAUUACAUACCAUUUACCCAGGGUCAUAGGGACUCAAAAAUCUGUAUUUUAAUCCAGAUGACUGAAAGCAUCUGUAUUUUGUACCACCUUACAUUGUCCUUUCUGGUUAGUGAUUACUGGCUCCACAUGACAAACUACAUGUUCAGCAGCUUAUUUUUAAAGCAAAGUACUUCCAUAGGCAGGGGACUUGAGCUGGGAGAGGCAUUUGAAACAAUGUAGAAGUAUACACUGACUCUCACAUCAGCAGUAAUUUAAUCCUUUAACACUAGAAGCUUGACAAGGCCUGGCUUAUAUGUAGUAAUAUUGCUGUCCUUACAGCAAUACUUCAGGUCUUUCUAAUUGGCCUUGGUAUUCUGUUCCCCCAUGGUUCUUGUACCUUGCUAUACUUGCGUUGCUUAGAAUUGUCCCACUCAUAAAGGGCCAGGCACUGCAUUUCUGUUGUCUUCCCAAAACUGUUGAUUUAAAGCAGAAGUAUAUGGGUUCAUAAGGAAUGCAGUACUGGUCCCAGUGUUGUAUAUGAUCAUGGUGUAAUCAAUUGUCAGUGGAUCUAAACUAGUGGUCCCUGAACUCUUCAGGGUCACAACCCCUUUGCCCUGUCUGCACAGCUCGCGUGCCCAGCCUCCCCCCCCCCCCCCCCCCAGAGUCAGGGCUGAGAGUGGGGCUGCAGCUCCAGCAGGGAGUCAGGGGUCGGGGGCUGAGGCUGGGGGUCCUCUGUGCGUCCCACAAUUUGGGGACCUCUAGUCUAAACUGUAGACUAUUAACAAAAAAGAGAAAUUUCAAUUUUACACACAGAUAUUUACAUAAGCCCAUAUGUCUAAAGUGUUUGAGGGAUACGUUGACUUUUAUGCAGCAGGUCCACUCACCUUCUGUUAACACUGCAUUCUCAGCUGCAAGUUAAAACUUGUAAUAUUGGCUUCCCUGGUACUUUUGUUCUACUCCAAGCAAAACAAUCUCCGUGGGCUUGAAGAGUUAGUUUUAAGCCCUGUUAAAGAAACAUAUGUGCUACUUGGAAACCCACAAGCUCUUACGUAAAACUUCAGGGUUGGUGUUUAAUUUUGCUAUCUUUGCCACAUGUAGUAAUGUCAAGUUGUUUCUGCCUACUGGUUUUCAGCCAGGUUAGUGUCCAGAGUGGUAUGUGAGACUGGAUGACUUGUGCACACCUUGCUCCCGAGAGCUGCCUCUUUAUUCUAAAUUUAACCAAAAUCAAUACAGACUAACAUGGCUGCUACUUUGAAACCUGAACACUAGAGGAUACAGCAUCUUGGAACCUUCCAACUGUGCAAACUAGCCUCUUAAGUGCAGCUGUCAUGGCUGGACCUCAGCGGAGCAAUGAGCCAAGUGGAGCUGCUCUGGGCUGCGGCCUCACUGAUGCUGCUGGGGGCUCUUGUGAGCAUGUGCAUGAAGUGUCAGCAUUCUGCUACUAAACGGGAAAAGAAGCUGUGCAAGCAGAGGAAACUGCAUGAAAACCAGCAGGGAUUUGAGGUGAUACGAUCCUAUUCAAUUGCAGUGACAAGGCAAGAGCAAAUUAAAUUGCCAGACAACAUCCCAGUAACAAGGAAAACCAGUGAGCGACUGCAGGCCUCACGCAUUGAUGGUGACAGUGCAGAGCCCAGAUACCAAAAUUUCAGGAGAGAAGACAACCAGGAAUUGGAUGCUGCCUAUGUCAACCCUAUAGCUACAGAUUACUACAACUGUGGGACGUUCUUGAAACCACCAAAUGAAAAGGAAGAGGAUUCCUGUUCCUAUCAAAAUGUUGUGAUCGGGGCAUCCAAUAGCACUGAGUCUGAUGAUGUGGAGGACUAUGAGAAUAGUGCAUCUAUAAAGAUAUGGCAACAAUCAAAUAUGUCAGAAAGCCCAGAUGAUUAUCCAGAUUACGUUAACUCAGAUGUUGCAGCCAUGCCGAACUAAAGGUACCUUCCCUACAAUCUGAAAGAAAAACUGUCACAAAGUCGCAGAAGCUUGUAUUAUUUUGAAGACUGCUACACACACACACAGUGGAAAGGGGUCCUUGGCUUCACGAGUGUAAUGGAAUCACCUGUUCUCCAAACCCUGCCAAAAGUCGUUAACUAACUUAAAGGACAUGGAUGCACACUGCUGAAAGUAAAUGCACUGGAUCCAGAAGUCCCACAAAAAUAACUGGAAAAAGCAUAUGGAGAAAGCCCACCCCCCUCCCUCCCGACAAGUGAAUUUCAGCUGCUUGAUGGAUCUUUAUAGAAGUCCCCUAGUUACCGAGAGGAAAUGCCAAGGUUUUGUUAUUCUGUCAGAGUUUCCUCCACAUCCAUUCAAGGGAGCGAUGGCUUGCCUGCUCACCAAUGUUUUCUGCUGUCAAGCGUGAAAUGAAUCUUUAAACCACUGAGCAGCAACGCAAUUGACAGUUUAACUUGCCAAGCUGACUCGUGUAAGGAGGCAUUAAAGCGGAUGAAUUAUAUUUCUUGUUUAGUUCCCAGUGUAGCAAAGCUCUUGGACAGACACUGCUUCCAACAGAGGGAUCGAACCUUCCAGCCAGAUGCCAAGUUUUUAGAAUAGGAGUAGUUCUGUAUAGCUAAGUAAUACACUGAAGUGCUCACAAAUGGUGAAGGGCCGAAGGCUACUACAAACAAGAUCACUGCAGCUACAGAUCAUAUUCAGAGUGCUGUCAGAUAGUAUCUUUCUUGUGCUUUUGGAAUUUAUUUUACAGCCAUCCAUAGGAGUUGAGACAGGUAACAGGGCCCUGAGCUCAUCUUUACCGCAUUGCCAGCCUCAGGAAUUGCACCUGCUUUUCAGAAUUGCUAGAACUCCGACCUCGCAUUUGAACCAUGCUUUAGUUCUGACCACUAGAAUGUUCAGGAGCAUAGCGUUUUACCCAGCAGCAUUACAGCACAUGCUCGUUGAGAGUGAAAUGCACCUCUGUGCAGGAAAUCAAGGAAAAGCUCACGCACUACUUUAGUCUGAAGUGGUGUACAUGCUGGCCUGCUGCAUAGGGGUAAACUUCACCCACGGUACAGUGAGAACUGUUAGGUAAAUGCCUAGUAAGGGAGUUUUUAGAACAGCAAGUUAUGCGUUGGAGCGACUGUCUCCUGCCAGUCCUACUUAUUGCUAGAAACUGGUUCACCAAGCUUUUAUGCUCUGGCAUGAACAGGUACUCUCUAACUAGCAGGGAAAAGGGUCACACAAGCAAUUUCCUCCCUUUUGUUACCAGUGAUUAGAAAGAACCUUGAAUAAGGGCAGUACGAGUCAGCUAUGCAGUGGAAGGUAUGGACGUGAAACCUUUCCUACUACAAAGUACUUCACUUAUGAAAUUGUGCUCGGAGUGGAGGAGUCUAUUUGAUCUAAUCAGUCUAUGCACAGUGAGAGUUAAGGUUGAAUUUAAGCCUCUUUACAGAUGUGGAUUUGACAUUUCAUUUGUAUUUGAGACACCUUAAUCACAGCAACAAGGUGCCUGUUACUCUUGUGUCUGAAACUAGGAGGCCAACCAAGCAUUUUGUAAUUAGUGAUUGGGGGAAAACUUAAUUGCAGCUCCCACUAAUGGGUGUAUUCCUGAAGUCUGCAAAGAGCAGCAAGACAGGGCCUUUAAUGUAGUCCAUGUAGGAAAGAGAACUAUCUAGAACGUCCUUAACCUCUUAAAAGGGGUACACCUAGUUAGUUUCAGAACUGGAGUUAAACAGCGUCGGUUUUACACCUACUCAAGUUUCCUACCAGUUGGUAUCUAGAAUCACACUUUCUUUUUUUCUCUGCUGUUCAAAGGGCCCACACAAAUAAGGGACACAGACAAUAGACUAAGGGUGCAAUUUACCUUUGAAGAACAACCUAAAGCCUAAUAAACCAUUAAAGCCCUAAUCUGAAGAUUUAUGCACUGCAUAGACCAUGUCCUGGCUCUUUUGUUGAAAGGUGAAUUUCAUCCAAAGUGACUGAACAGAAAAGUUCUAACCUUUGUUAUAGAAAUAUUGUGUUACUUGACAGACCAUGCAAAAUGUUAUGUGACCGGUCAUGAUGAAUGUCCAAUAUGAUACCUCUCAAAACUGCCUCAUUUUCAGAAGUGUUGACUCUAUAAAGGUGUCCCAAAAUUACAAUUCAGUUUUGAAAAUGUUGGUCUCAGUUGUAGGGGAGAAGUGCAAUUGUGUUGAUGUGUCGGUUUAAGAUUCUGAUGUAAUACCUGGAGGAAGACGUUCAAAUGCUUAAAGUUUAGUGGUAAUACAAGUUGCCUGGGAUACAGUUAAUCAAGUAACAGAACUCUGAAUAAGUUCCAGGAUUUCAACAGAUGUUAGGCCAGGGCAAUACAGGAUUUAUUGUACUCUGUGCUCAGCAGGGAGAGGUGAAUAAACCAAUUAAUAUUUCUUGGAGCAUUUAUGGACAAUAUUUGUUGCCCAAACAGGAGUUCAAAGUGUGUAAGAUAAAUGGGGUAGGAGAGUGAUUAAAGGAGAAGAUACAGAUUCUAUUCCCCAAUCUGCCAGUGUGAAAAUGCAGGCAAAUCCCCACCUUCUGGUGGUCCUUUGUAAAGCAAGGUAAACCCUUUCUUAGUUUUGUGAAGCACUUUAAAAUAAAAAGGGCACCUUUCCUUCAAGGGUCACAGUGUGCUGGAACAUAUCCAGUAAAUUUUACAAUAAAUUAUAUUGAAGUGAUUGGAAUUCUACAGUGUAGCUUUUAAAACACACCCACCCACCCAUUACUAACAUUUCCUUUGUCACCUGUGUACAGAAAUAAAAGUAUCUACAAUGACAGAUUGGUUGCCUUUUCAGAAAUCUUUAAUUUAUAGGCGUACAGGGAAUUCAGGGUAUGCACAACGUUGGCUGCCAGUGAAUGGGAGUAGCAUCCAGCCUGUGUGUUCCAGCAACAACCCAGGGAGACGGGGCGUAGCGCAAAGCUGAAUACAUCUACGACCACACCUUCAUUCAAUCCUGGGGGGUUCUGCUGGAAGCUGCUGAUGGUGGGAGGAGGAGAACAGGCAGCAGCUGCUACAGAAGAGGGAGUCACCCUAGAUUCUAGACGUCACCAAAAGCUGCUCUUCUCUCCUCUAUGGGAAUAGGGAAAAUGUUCAGCUAGGAGAUCCCAGUGGAGGAUACAAUGGGGGCAAAGACCAACCCUAUAGGGCCUUGGCCACUGUGCCCGUGGAAGCCCUUGAACACCUGACUAGUCUGCAAUUGUAGUUCGUUCCCCUUGCUUCUGACUGGGCCUGUAGUAAAUGCUAUGAAAAUGAGGGUCAUUAAGGGCAGAACAGGUUGUCUGGAAUACAUGGAAAAAGGGGAAGGAUUCAGGAAGUGGUUCAGUGCCUUUCAUAUCUUGCUUGGCUGCCUACUCUAUUCAGAUUGGUAAACUCUUUGGGGCCAAGACUGCGUGUGUAGAGCAUGCAGCAGAUUAGGGUCCCAACCUGGAUUUUAUAGUAUUUAAUAAAUGCAUAGUUUAUAAUUGUACUAAGGAGUUGCUAUAUACAUUGAGAAUCAGAAGUGUCCGUGAUGAUGUACGCAGUUUGAUAGAGACUUUGUGAAAUACUGUGUUAAUUAAAUAAAAUACUUUGACUCUCUCUUA